AUGCUGCCCGGUAAGAUGCGAACCGCGCCUCCGUGGGCAGAUGUCGACUCGAAGGGAAGCGAUGCCACGGAGCGCGGAGACGUCACGAACGCGCGACGGCGGGCCACGGACUGGCGGCUGGCGAGAAGCGCUCGCGGCGGCGGCCUAGGGCUCACUCGGAGGCGGCGCUCUUCCGCGCCCGCCCCACGCCCUGCGCCCCUUCGCCCGCCGCCCGCGACCCACUGA